GGAGGCCCGGCCUCGCUCCUGCUGCUGUCGUCGCCCGCCUCGCCCCCGCUGCUGCCGCCCGGGCUCGGCUCGGUGCUGCUGUCGCCGCCGCCGCCGCUCCAUGCCGCCGGCUCGGCCUUCGAAGCUCCGGAGGCGGCGGCGGUGGUGGGGCUGGGCGGGGCGCUGUACGGGCCCGGCGAAGAUGUCCACCACGGGGUGAUGGCGGCGAUGCUUUCUCAGGCUUACGGGCCGCCCGGCGGCGGUGGAGCGGGCGGCGCGGCGGUGGCCGGGAUGCCGCCCGGGCCGGGGCUGAACGGCGAGCAGGCGGCGCUGCUGCGGAGGAAGAGCGUCAACACCACGGAGUGCGUCCCGGUGCCCAGCUCCGAGCAUGUGGCCGAGAUCGUGGGCCGGCAGGGUUGCAAAAUUAAGGCAUUGAGAGCCAAGACGAAUACGUAUAUCAAGACACCUGUGCGUGGAGAAGAACCCGUUUUUGUUGUCACUGGGCGCAAAGAAGAUGUAGCCAUGGCCAAAAGGGAAAUUCUUUCUGCUGCUGAACAUUUCUCCAUGAUAAGAGCUUCACGCAACAAAAAUGGCCCAACUCUGGGGGGCCUGCCUUGUAACCCCAACUUGCCAGGCCAAACUACAGUCCAGGUCAGGGUGCCUUACCGUGUUGUCGGGCUGGUGGUCGGCCCAAAAGGCGCUACAAUCAAAAGAAUUCAGCAGCAGACUCAUACCUACAUAGUUACUCCCAGUAGAGACAAGGAGCCAGUCUUUGAAGUUACUGGCAUGCCUGAAAACGUAGACCGUGCCCGUGAAGAGAUAGAAAUGCACAUCGCCAUGCGCACUGGAAACUACAUUGAACUGAAUGAAGAAAAUGAUUUCCAUUACAAUGGUACGGAUGUGAGCUUUGAAGGAGGGAGCCUGGGGUCAGCCUGGCUUUCUUCCAACCCAGUACCUCCUCCGAGCCGCACCAGGAUGAUUUCCAAUUACAGAAAUGACAGCUCCAGUUCUUUAGGAAGUGGCUCCACCGAUUCCUACUUUGGCAGCAAUAGGCUGGCCGACUUCAGCCCAACAAGCCCAUUCAGCACAGGCAAUUUUUGGUUUGGAGAAACAUUGCCUUCCGUUGGUGCAGAAGACCUUGCGGUUGACUCUCCUGCAUAUGACUCCUUGCCAGCACCUUCUCAAACCAUCUGGACACCCUUUGAACCCGUUAACCCGCUCUCCAGUUUUGGUAGUGAACCUGCUAGUAACAUGAAGGCUCCACGGAGAGGGAGUCAGCCCUCUACGCCUCGUCUGUCACCCACGUUUCCUGAAACCUUAGAACAUCCGCUGGCAAGGAGAGUAAGAAGUGAUCCACCCAGUACCGUCAACCAGGUUGGCCUUCCAAUCUACAUCCCUGCUUUUUCUAAUGGUACCAACAGCUACUCUUCUUCCAAUGGCGGCUCCACGUCGAGUUCUCCUCCAGAGCUGAGAAGGAAGCAUGACUGCGUGAUAUGCUUUGAGAACGAGGUCAUCGCUGCCCUGGUUCCGUGUGGACACAACCUGUUCUGCAUGGAAUGUGCCAACAAGAUCUGUGAGAAGGAAGCACCAUCCUGUCCAGUGUGCCAGACAGCUGUUACUCAGGCGAUUCAAAUUCACUCUUAAAUAUAUAGAGAUAUUAUAUAUGGACUUUAAAACUCUUAAUGGCUUGGAUGUAAUGGUACCCCCUAAGUAAACUUAUAAUGAACUGAGACUGUUAUUGGGCUUUUUUGAGAUUAGGCUAACCUUGUUUGAAAGGCAUGUACUCUUUUUUCAAAAGGCUUGUACAGUUAACACUAAGCCUCGCCAGUCUUUCUCCAUUUUGGUUGCAACUGUGACACUGUAGCAAAGCUCUUCUGGAAUGAAGCUGUGACGUGGCUGGGCGUAUCAGGCACCCAGGUCAGUCUCCGAACGAAAGAGAGCGCCCGGCUCACAGCCUUCCAGACGAUCUUCACACGAUGUAGGUGGCAGCAGUCCCAAGAGUGAAAAGCCUGGUACAGCCCUGAACGUAGCAGCUGUCAGUCAUGGGGGAAGGGUGCAGCGGUUAUCAAUAUAUCAAACACACUUCCAAUGCUGCCUUCUUUACACUGCCAGUUUUUCAAAACAGGUUUGGGGGCACUUUUUUUCCCUCUUUACAACAUAGGCUUAACUUAUCUAAUGUUGCAAAUGAUUUUAAGAUGCGCGAGUUGAUUUCCUAACAUUCAGUGUGAGCAUCGUGGUAUUUUUUAACUAACAAGAUCAUUGUUCAUAAAGGACAGAAGGAGGCAGAAUGGUAUGCAUUGGGCCUCCUCCUCAUCCAAUAUGCAAAUAGGGCAUCUUAAGAGAAUCAGGAAUGCGUGGGUCUUCCAUAGCUGGAGUGUGGGAAAGUCUGCUUUUGCCUUGAUCAGUGCUGAAGGACUCCGGAGCUCUAAUGCAUGCAGAGAGUUCCCUCGUUAGCAGCAGCUUCCCCCCCCUCCCCGUCCAUUUCAAGGGAGGGAAGCCAAUCUUAUAUUUUGCUCUGUGA